UGGAUGUGUGGGUAAUGUAGUACAGGGGAAGACACGUGGGGCGUUGCGUCGCUGUUCAGUCGAAGUUUGCGGAAACAUGGCGGGCCUGGAGCUGCUGUCUGACCAGGGAUACCGUUUAGAUGGAAGAAAAGCCACCGAGCUGCGGAAAGUUCAGGGCCGUAUGGGUGUGUUCGCUCAGGCUGACGGCUCCGCGUAUAUAGAGCAGGGAAACACGAAAGCUCUGGCUGUGGUAUACGGUCCACAUGAAAUGCGAGGUUCACGCAGCCGGACUCGUCACGAUCGAGCUGUUAUCAACUGUCAGUACAGCAUGGCCACAUUCAGCACAGCAGAGAGGAAGAGGAGACCUCAUGGGGACCGCAAGUCUACUGAGAUGAGCCUCCACCUGAAGCAGACAUUUGAAGCUGCUGUGAUGACCCAGCUCUACCCACGUUCUCAAAUAGACAUCUAUGUCAAGAUUCUGCAGUCAGAUGGAGGGAACUACAGCGUGUGUGUGAAUGCAGCCACUCUGGCGGUGAUCGACGCCGGCAUCCCCAUGCGGGACUACGUUUGUGCCUGCACGGUUGGGUUUGUGGAUGAGACACCCCUCGCUGACCUUUGCUAUGCAGAGGAAAGUGGAGGUGUGAGCUCUCUGGCCUUAGCGCUGCUGCCCCGGGGCGGACAGAUUGCUCUGCUGCAGAUGGAUGCCAGACUACAUCAGGAUCAUUUAGAGGCUCUGAUCGAAGCUGCCAUGACGGCUUGUAAAGGUGUGAGCAAGGUGCUGGAUGAGGUGGUGCGACAACAUCUCCAAGAAGUAUCUGUGCUCUCUGGAGAGUGAUGCAGGGAGGAGGGGUGAACAUCUAGACUGUGGUUUUGGUUGCAGGCUAGAAAGUGUUAUUGGACUUCAUGGAGAGGAAUGAUGGGAGAAUUUUGGAGUGAUGUGUUUUUUUUAAAUUUUUUUAUUUUAAGUAUUGAUGACAAUUAUACUUUUGUACAGUAUACACAUGGUGAAGCAAUAAAUAUGUCAACCCUG